AUGCUCCGGGGAGCGCCUUCCCAUCUCCCCAUUCACACACCCCGACACGUUGGACACACCAUGUCCGACUCGUCGCGCUCGUCGAGCCGACCGACGUCGCCGUCCGUCGCCCCGCCGCAGCGGUACGUCUCGGGCUCACUCAAGGACCGCAUCGCCAAAUUCGAGAACCUCGGCGGAGGGUCGAGCGUGCCUGCUCCCGUCCCCCGUCCGCUCGGCCAAGGGUCGUACGCUCGCGGCGGCUUGGUGGGGAAUAGACUUCCCAGUCUCGACCCCAAGACGGCCGGGCUGACGAGCACUGGCCCACGCCGCGUCUCGGAGCGCCGAGACCUCAUCGGAAACCGCGUACCGAGUGUCGGCAAUGCCAACGUCGCGGCCGCCAUCGCUCCCCGCAGUACGGGCGGGAGCGUCGGCACCCCACCAGGUAGCGCUACAACCCCUACGGCCUCGACCCCAGCUGCUGCGUCCACCACUGCUCUGGGGCUUGGGCGCCCGGGCGCCAUCAAAGGGCUCAAGGAGGAGGAGAAACCAAAGACCGUCUCGGAGCGCUCAACGAGCCCAACCGGCUCCGCGAAGGGCGGCUCAGUCAAGGCCGGUUCCGAACCGGGCUCGACUGCCGGCUCGGUCUCAGCGGCAUCCUCAUCCGUCGUCUCCGCACCCGACUCGGCGCACUCAGGCUCGGCGCCAACAUCGGCGACCUCUUCCCCGGCCACAUCCCCCGGCGGCCAGCUCCCACCACAGCUCCUUGUUUCUUCGCUGCCGCCGCAGGACGACUCAAGGUCCAUGACCCCGCUCUCGACGCGCGCCGAGGCGGGCGAGGAUGCGCCCUCCGAGUUCUCCAUGCCCACCACCCCUCAAGCUAUCAAUCCCGAGCUCCCUCGCCCGGGCUACGAUCUCGUGCCGGGCAACCUUGCACUCGCAGCAGGUCCACAGUCGCAGGCGAUGGCGCCUUCGCCCAGCAUUUCAUCCUCCCUCGUGUCGCAGUACGACCCCAAGUCCGAGGGCGAGGAGAGCGCCAACCUCAGGGACGUGAGCAACGUCAGUACCCCAACUGGGACACCGCGCCAAGCACACAAGACGCUGGAUGACGACGUCUCGAUCGCGGGCUCCGUGGCCGGCUCAACGCGGGGUUCGACGCGUGGGCCCGAAGAGAUCGAAGAGAAGGUGGCCGCUGUGAAGAUCGAGGAUGACGAGGCGACACCCAAGCCUGAGAUUGCGCCGAUCGACGUUAGUGGGAAGGAGGUGGAUGAACCAACUACGCCGAAGGAGCCGGAAGUGGAGGCGGAGGCGGAGCCAGCGCCAGCGUCACCUGUCUUGGUUGCCCCGGUCGCUGUGGCCGCGACGGUCACAGUCCCCGACAGUGCAUCCACGGCAACGGUCGACGCAGUGCGCACGGGCGACGAGAGGACGACCCCGAGGCCAGAGGAGCCGCUCAAGGCCCAUGUCGAGGAGACCCCAAGGGCCAAGGAGAAGAAGCCCGUCUCCACUGCCUCUGCAGCAGCAGGUGUUGCUGCAUCCGCCACGAUCGCAGCCGUGGCGGCGACUGCUGUCCUCUCAAAGGAUGAGCCUGAGGAGUCCACUGUCGACCCUGACGUGACUGGUGGAUCUGCGAAGGCGGCUGCCGAGCAAGGUGUUGUCAAGCUCAAGCCCGCAGCGGACGCGCCCAAGCCGAAGGAUGCAACCCGCGCGCUUGUGUCUGAGAAGAAUGACGACGCCAAGGAGGAGCCCGCGACUGUGCUGGUUCCAGCAGUGCCUGUUCCCGAGCAGCCUGUAGUCGACGUUGAGGAGCUCACCGACGAUGUUGAGAUCGAGGAGUCCGAGCUGGACCCACCCAAGCCCGACAACUCGUCCGAGGUCACAGCCAUAGUCCCUCGUGUCGAGUCCGAGGAAUCGUCCCCUUUUCUUGCCGCCAGCGGUCCCCGCGACCGCGACACCACUCCGCUCGGAUCAACACUCGCCGGCCUGACCAUUGACGAUCUUCCCUCCGACCGUGAGUCGACGCCUGUACCAGAUCACGACGACACGUCGCAGCACGCUCCCGCGUUGGACGACGACAGUGACAUCGUGAGCGUUCUUGGCGGCACAAUGAGCGAGCGCGACGACCUUGCCUCGAACAGGUCGUCCAUGCCUCCAGCCCGCGCCUCGUCCGAGCUGGAAUUUCGAUACGAAGACCUCCACGACCGCUAUUUUCGCGACUCACAAGCUAAUGGAGAUGGAGGUGCCACUGCCGAGGACAUUACCGCCUCACCAAGCGUCGUGGGUCCGGUCAGCGCUCAACUUGAUGGCGCGGUUGCCGAGAGUCAAGAAGCGGCCAAAUCCGCUGCGCCACCGGAAGGUGGCUUAACCAUGGCAGCUUCGGUGGCGGACGGGGUCUCCCUCUCUGCCGCCACGCAUUCCUUUCGUGAGAACGCCUCUCCGUCGUCGCCUGGUCUCGUGGAUUCGCGCCGCGCAGAGGGUGGUCUCAUGAACUCCCUCCCCUCCGUACCUACAAACGACCCUGACCGCCGCCCGGUGCAGGUGCACGUCGAGCCGUCACCGCACGGCGUUCUUUCCCAGCCCGCAGUCAAUGUGCAGGCGGCGUCACCAGUCGGCGCGACCUUCGAGAACGGACAAGCCACGUCCGUCUCUAACUCUUCUUCCUCAGCGGACACUUCACGAGUCCCGACUCCCGCACACCCAAUCUUCCCCCGCGCUCCUGGUAACGACAUUCCGGACGCCCCGACACCGGCACGCGGUGCAUCCCCAUCGGGUACGCCAACUCUCAACCCCAGCGCGUCUGGGAUGAUGCACGCUUUCCCACCCGUGCCGGACGAGGAACACCCGUACGUUGAGGUGCACGUCGAGCAGCACCACGCCCACGUCGGACCAGAAAACUAUCGCAGAGUGCCGUUCCCCCGCAGCGCAUCCGAGCGCGCUGUCCGCACGACAGGCAUCUCACCGCCCAAACGCACGUCGUCUUUACGCGCGCCACUCACGCCACCGACACAGACGCCGUUCGGAGGACGCAUGUCCCCAACACCUGGUAGCUGGUCGUCGUCCAAUCUUAGUGUUGAGAGCUUUGACCGCGCACCUGGCUCGCGGUCCCCAGGCCGUAAGCGCAUCUCGUUCUCGCCCCGGUCGCCUCUGCUGGACGACGAGGAUCCCGGAGACUUUGAGCCCGGAGAGGGGUGGGCGAUUGUGAACCGCUGGGAACCGUGGCGCAGCCCGUCGCAGCGCAGUAUGUGA